AUGGCUUCGACUGCCGUUCUCUGGCAGCCGCAGCGGAGGAGCAGGCUGGGAAGCUGUUGGUAUCUGCCGCUCUCCAGCCACGAGUGUCCCUCUCCUUGCCCCUUCUUUCCAGUGACGUUCGGCAUGGUGAGCACCGACAUGUACCACCUGAACCAAGUCAUGUCCCGUCUCUUCGUGAAGCCCUCCUCUUCCUCUGAGGACAACAGGAGCGGUUUCAGGAGCAUUGAGAGCAGAGCUGAUUUCUGGAGGUUUGCAGAGGGACCCCUGUUGGAUGGACUCUACUGGGACAAGUGGUAUAACAACAUGGCAUUAACCUUCAAGAACAACAACAGCCGUAUUUACUAUGAGAAUUUGCUGUUAGGAGUGGCCCAGAUUCGCCAGCUGAAAGUACGCACCGGCACUUGCUCCAUCUACCCGUAUUUCCGUACUCUUUUAGAAGACUGUUACAGUGAAUAUCAUUAUCUAGCUGAAGACAGGUCAGACUUUGGUCUAAGGAGCGGAUCUGAAUGGAAAUACACCUCGGCCUCCUCGUUAUCCCCGUGGUACUGGGGAUCUAUGGGCUUGUACAGCAGCGGAGGCUAUUUGUUCACCCUGCCUAAAUCAAAGCAGGAGAGCGUGCAGAAGCUGGUGUUCCUCAGGCAGAACAGCUGGCUCACUAGAGCAACCAGAGUUGUAUUUAUCGACUUCUCAACCUAUAACGCUAACAUAAACCUCUUCUGUGUAAUCAGGUUGGUGGUAGAGUUCCCUGCAACAGGGGGGGCUUUCACCUCCUCACAUAUCUACUCUGUGAAGCUCCUCAGAUAUGUCACCUAUUAUGAUUACUUCCUGGCUUCUUGUGAAAUCACCUUUUGCCUCUUUAUCAUUACAUUCGUAAUCCAGAAGGUGAUACAAAUAGUAAAACUGAGAAAGAAGUAUUUCAGGAGUGCCUGGAACUGGCUGGAUUUGCUGCUGCUGGUGGUAUCCAUCCUUGCCAUUGCCUUCAACAUCUACCGCACGGCAAAAGUGUCCCUGCUGAUGGAAGAGCUGCUGGCUGAUGCCCAUGCAUACCCAGACUUCUAUUUCCUUGCGUUCUGGCAAGUCCUUUACAACAACAUGAUUGCUGUCAACAUCUUCUUUGCUUGGAUAAAGAUAUUUAAAUACAUAAGCAUUAACAAAACCAUGACACAGCUGUCCUGCACUUUAUCGCGCUGUGCCAAAGAUAUCGUUGGAUUUGCCAUCAUGUUCUUCAUCGUUUUCUUUGCCUAUGCCCAGUUAGGCUACCUGGUCUUUGGGUCGCAAGUUGAAGACUUUUCCACUUUCCAGAACUGCAUCUUUACACAGUUCCGUAUCAUACUGGGAGAUUUUGAUUUUGAAGCCAUAGAAGAGGCAAACAGAAUCCUUGGACCUAUUUACUUCAUCACAUUUGUAUUCUUUGUGUUCUUCAUCCUGCUGAACAUGUUUUUGGCUAUUUUAAAUGACUCCUACUCAGCAGUCAAAGCAGAAUUUGAAGCAACACCCAGCCAAGAGCUUAAGAUCAGAGACCUCAUUAGAAAGAGCUGCAAUGAGGCCCUUGUCAAGCUGAAGCUGAAGAAACCAGAGAUGGAUCCAACGCCAGCAGGAGAGAGCUUGGCAAGCAGGGAAUUUCCAUCUACAAAAAGAAAGGAUAUUUCCAAGCUUUCCAGCGGAGACAAUGCUAGUGAAAAGAGCCACCUGAAUUUAUCAAAACGACAGGAAGAGGAAGAAGAACAUCACCAGAAGUAUCCAUCUACUGAGGACAUGGAUGCAUCCACAGCCCAGAGCUAUGUGUCCCACGCAGAAUUCCAACAGCUCUUGAGGUAUACAGCCGAGCUGGUGGUGGAAUUUAAUAAGAGCAAUGCAAAACUCAAGAGAGUUAUGAGAAGCGUACAACGACUGAACGAUGCUUCGCAGCAUGACAGCACAGUCUGA